UGAAUCUAUAUGCGUACACAUCAGAUUCUGUUGUAUGCCGCCAUGAUGGUUUUGUAUGAAGUAAACGAGGUCAGAAAAACACCACUGUACAAGGCAGGAUCAUGUCCAGAUCAAUAGAAACCCUCGGGCUCGUGUUUGUAAAUAAAACUUAAUGGACUUAAUGCAGAUAAUCCAAGGAUACCAAAUUUAACUGCUGAAUCUGUGCGCAAUUUACACGAAACAUACUGGGUUUUUUUCACCCAAGAAUGUGUGAAUCCGUAACAUGAACUGAAUAACCUAGGAAAGAUGGUGUACACGAAUAUCGUAAAAUUCGAUCAUUAUUUAUACAAGAAUUCUCUGUGGAAUAUUUGACGAUGUACAAGCAUUUCUUUGAAACAGACAAACUCAUCUACUAUGGCGAAAGAGAAGACGGUAUUUUCUGAAGUUCCACAAAUUUUAACCAUCAUAAAAACUGGAUUUCGGUGGACGUACAAAGUGGAAUGUGGACUCAGCCCGAGUCAUUUUUACGUAAGUGGAUCAAACAGCGUCAUUAAACACCUGGGUACAAGCGGAGAGUUACGAGAAGAAAUAGUGACUAAGUCCAAAAAUGUCCCUCGAUGUUUCACAGUCAACAAAAAAGGACAAUUGAUUUACAGUGACAGUGUUGAUAGAAGUAUCAAUAUCGUUAAAGGACGUGAAAUCGAGCGUCUAGUAAGACUCGGGGGUUGGAAGCCAAAUUCAAUCUGCAGUACAACCGCAGAUGAAAUACUCAUGGCUUUGAAAGCUGAUGACGGGGAUGAGGCGAAAGUAGUUCGUUACGCAAACUCCAAAAUGACCCAAGAAAUACAGUACAAUAGCGAUGGACAACCUUUAUAUUUGGACCCGCACUAUAUUGACGAGAAUAAAAAUUCCGAUAUAGUGGUCAGUGAUUUUGAUAAAAAGGAAAUUAUCGUGGUGGAUAAAGUUGGGAAAUACAGAUUCAGUUACCAUGGAAACCAUCUGACCAAAAUGCACGAAGAAUUUUCUCCGCGUGGUAUAACGACAGACAGCAUGUGCCAAAUUUUGAUAGCUGAUUUUGAUAAUAAUUUGAUACAUAUUAUCGACCAGGAUGGUCAAUUUUUACGGUAUAUAGAAAACUGUAACCUGCAUUUACCGUUGGAUCUUAGUACUAACAGUGACAAUGUAUUGUUUGUUGUUGAAUAUUACAGCAACAAAGUGAAGGAAGUUAAGUAUUUGAAAUAAAAAUAUUAGAUAGCCAGGAUAAAUUUAUCCUAAAUAAUUCCAGCAUUUGACAUUUUUAUUUACGUUUCUCCAGCUUUCUGAAGGUAAACUAUAAUGUACCUACACUAGUACAUGUAUGUGAAUAGUAUUUAAUCUUGAUAAAAUUUGAACAUGGAAUUCCUAUGUUGUGAAAAUCAUAUUCUUGUACAUACAAAUGAAAAAAUAAAGUUUUAUAAUACAA